AUGUACAGCAAACCUGGAGGUGCUGCCGUCCUGCCGUGCACCAACAUGGAUUCCAUAGACUGCUCACUCAUCUCCUGGACCUUCUGGUCUCCGGGAAAGGCACGACCUCAGACAAAUCCAGCCGCAUGUCCAUCACAUCCAACUGCUCCCUCCGCCUCCGUGACCUCAAGGUGGAGGACGCCUGGCUCCUACGUCUGCCUGAAGGCUGGAAACCGCAUCACCGACGUUUACCUCUCUCUCCUCACCAUCACCUCAUUCUCCAAAAUCACUGACCUGCAGCCUGGAGGGAACCUCACCAUGAGCUGCGUCCUGUUCACUUACUAUGAUGCUGGGAGCUGCAAGUCGUACAACAGCGUGUUCAGCCUCAGCUGGGUGACCGAGGACGGUACUGUGCUGCCUGAAGACAGCAGGUAUGAGCUGAUUGCUCACACUCGCUGCAACAUCACUCUGGUCACAAAACUCCAGAAGGAGGACAACAACAGGAAGUGGAGAUGUCAGGUGAACAUCACAGAAAACAGCGUCGCUGUGUUUCAGGACUUCACAUCUGUCUUCUUGUUCCAAAACCCCUCCACGGCCCAGAAUCUGUCCCCCAUCAGUCCCUCAUCUACCACGGACUGUGAGGUGCAGCUGCCCAUCAGCCGCAUCGUGCUCUGUGUGGCUCUGCCAGUCAUGGUGAUGAUAGUGGGAUUCUUCACAUGGAGAGGAGACCGCAAGAGAGCCAGAACAUCUGCAGCUGGCAUCGAGCUCCAGGAAAUUGACUGAUCACUUCAGAACUUUUCUACUUUUCCUCCAUGGAUCCCAGACUCUGUGGACAACAUAGUACACUUCAGAUUCUGGCCUAUAAGCACAACUUUCACAUUUGACACAUGAACCUAAGCUAACAUCAGUCUUUUUGUAUUAUGUGGUGACAGGCUUGAUUUCUGUAUAGAGAGCAAAUUGUAAUUAAGUUGUAUCUGCAUGUUUUAUAUUCUGCUUUCGUAUUUUUACAAACAAAAACAUUCAGGUUUGGGUUACAGCUGAAAUGAACUAUAAAAGAAACAAACUCACUCUGA